AUGGGUAAUUCGAAUAGUGAAAAUGUAACUAGUGAACAAACGACAUGUAAUACUGUGAAAUCAACAGACUCUAUUCCACGUCGUUGUCAUCAUACGUUUGUUAACAAUGAACCUAUUGAACCAAUUACAAUUAUUUGGUUGGAUCCUCAUGCAAAAGAAGAUAUUGUUGAAUCAUUAGAUACAAGGUCAUUACUAUUAAAAAUCAAUAAUAAAAAGGAUUGUUUAUUUUUUGAUGAAAUUCAACAAUGUGUAAGUGCAAUUAAAAAAAUAGUUGAUGAACAGAAAGCAUUAUUAAUUGUUACGUCUAGAUCAUUUGCUAGUGAAAUUCUACUACAAAUGAAAACAAUAAAAUACAAUAUUUCUACAAUUAUAUUUUGUGAAAAUUAUAAUCUAUAUUUUCAUUUCAAACUUAAAUGGAAAAAUGUUAUAGAUAUUUGUACAGAAUAUGAAAAAUUAAGAGAUUCAAUAGAAAAAGAAUUAGUAUACUUAAAAUCAAAUUUAUUAAAUAGCCCAUCAUUGAAAUUAAUGAGACCAUUGAAUUCAUCAAAUGAUUUUUCUAUAAAUAGUACUUAUUUUUCAUAUGCUGUUUAUAUUGAAUUAAUCAAACAAAUGCCACAAACAAAAAUUUCAAUGAAUAAUAUGUUAAAAAGAUGUAGAGACUAUUAUCGUGAUAAUAAACAACAGAUUGAAAUGAUUGAAGAAUUUGGAAAAACAUACACAUCGAAUAACGCAAUCGAUUGGUACGUCAAAGAAUCUUUUCUUUAUAAAGUAGUUAAUCGAGCUUUUCGAACAGAAGAUAUAACAUUAUGGUAUUUAUUUCGUACUUAUAUUACUGAUCUAUGUAAACAAUUGGAACAAGUUCAUAAAGAACAAAAUAUUCAAACAAAUUUAAAACUUUAUCGUGGUCAAUCUUGUAUAUCAACAGAUGAAUUAGAAUAUUUGAAAUCAAAUAUUGGUGGUUUAUUUGCAACAAAUGGAUUUCUUUCCACAUCAAAAGAUUUUAUUAUUGCUGAAUCAUUUUUUGGUGGUGCUGCCAAUACUGAUCACGUUAAACCUGUUAUUUUUGAAAUAACUGUCGAUGGAUCUAAUCUUCAGAAUACGAUUUUUGUUGAUAUUGAAAGAUUUAAUGUUAUGUAUCUUGAAGCGGAAGUCUUAUUUAAUAUGAAUUCAAUUUUUAAAAUUGAAAAUAUUUAUUAUAAUGAGAAUUUAGAAGUACAUAUAAUUCAGAUGAAAGCAACUGAUGAAGUAAUGGAUAAGAUAACAGGACAAAUUGAAAAAAUGAAAAAAAGAAUAUCAAAAUGGUAA